AUGGAUACUGAAGCGAUUGAAAGCGAAAAGGGGGCGACAGCGCCAACUUCAGAGGCGCCCGAAGGCUCGUUCGCCGCCUACAAGCGAAUCUUCCGGUAUGCCGGGCCUUUCGAGCUCUCAUUACAGACUGUCGCCAGCGUCGCAGCCGUUGCUUCUGGUGCCGGCAUCGCUUUCCAACCCCUCAUAUUAGGCCAGUUCGUCACCAGCGUCACCGACUUCACAUCAUCCCAAUCCACUCCAGACCAACUUCGCUCGGAAGCGUCAGAGCUUGCUCUGUACUUUGUCUACCUCGGCAUUGCCCGCUUCGUCCUUUCUUAUAUCUAUAACACGCUCUUUACCCACACAGCCCACAUCAUUACUCGGAACAUUCGAAAUGAAUAUCUCAGGUCGGCUCUUGGCCAGGAAGUAGCAUUCUUCGAUGUUGGGACUGGUGGCUCGAUCGCAACCCAAGCGACCUCCAACGGGCGCAUGAUUCAGGGUGGAAUUAGUGAGAAACUCGGUCUUGCUUUGCAAGGCAUCGCAGCGUUCAUCACGGCAUUCAUAAUCGCUUUCGUCGUGCAGUGGAAACUGACCCUGAUAUGCCUCUGCAUUGCCCCGGCAACGCUCACCGUGAAUGGUAUUGCGGGAGGCUUCAUGGGAGUCUAUGAGAAUCAGAUCCUUCAGACCAACACGAAGGCUAACGCCUUUGCGGAGAGUAUCCUCUCCAGCGUGCGGACUGCGCAUGCCUUUGAAAUUCGAGAUAGGCUCCUUGACAGAUUUGACGAGCACCUGUCCAGUGCUCACAAGAUUGGCAGCAAGCUGUCGGUCAUAUUUGGCACGUUUUUCUCCGCUGAGUACUGCAUCGUCUAUUUGGGCUACGGUUUGGCCUUCUGGCAAGGUAUCCGCAUGUUGUCUCGGGGGGAAAUUGUGGAAACGGGGGGUAUCUUUACUGUUAUUAUGUCGGUCAUUAUCGCUGCGACGCAGCUGACCAUGCUUACCCCCUACAUGGUUGACUUCACCCGCUCCGCCUCUGCGGCAUGUACGCUGUUUCAUUUGAUGGAUCGCAAGUCUGAAAUUGAUCCGUAUGAUACUAUCGGCCAUCAGCCCUUGGAGGUUGUAGGGGAUAUUGAGCUGACCGAUGUUACGUUUGCAUACCCAACGCGGCCUGAGGCGAAGGUUCUGGACAGAUUCUCCAUGAGAGCCCCGGCUGGCAAGGUCACUGCUCUGGUGGGUCAAUCUGGGUCUGGAAAGAGUACGAUUGUGGGCCUUCUCGAGCGUUGGUAUAACCCUGCGUCAGGAACCAUAAAAUUGGAUGGCCACCCACUCGACGAGUUGAAUCUCAGCUGGCUCCGGCAAAACGUCCGUCUCGUCCAGCAAGAGCCAAUCCUCUUCCAGGGUACUGUGUUCGACAACAUCAAGCAAGGACUUGUCGGCACCAAGUGGGAACAUGCCCCUAGGGGUCAGCAAAUGGAACGAAUCCAAGACGCCGCCACCAUGGCCUUUGCGCAUGAUUUUAUCGCUAACCUCCCAAAUGGCUACAAUACCGAGAUCGGCCAACGUGGUGACCUUUUGUCGGGUGGUCAAAAGCAACGUAUUGCUAUCGCUCGAAGUGUUGUCUCUCAGCCGAAGGUUCUUCUCCUGGAUGAGGCCACCAGUGCUGUAGAUCCGCAUACCGAAAGUGUCGUUCAAAAGGCCCUGGAUGAGGCUACAAAAGGUCGGACGACGAUUGUCAUUGCCCACAAACUGGCGACCAUCCGGAAGGCUGAUAGCAUUAUCGUUAUGGAAAAGGGUUGCAUCGUCGAGCAGGGAACACACGAUUCUUUGCUUGCACGUGGCAGAAAAUAUGCUCAACUUGUGAGAGCACAAGACCUGGCUGUGUCGAGUCAAUUAGAAGCAAAGUUGGAGUCCGAGUCUGUCAACGAUGAGAAAGUAGAUUCCGUGACUAAACUCUCGGUCCCAGCAUCAUACAGCUGGGUCGACAAACACAAUGGAAACAUUACGCAGAAUGACUAUGCCAAUUAUGACGACUACAAGCAACGAAACAUCAUUUUUGUCAUCUAUCGUCUCCUUCGGGAGACAUCCGAGCUUCGCUACGUGUACUGUCUGGUCUUCGCUGGAUGCAUAGUUGGUGGGGCAACCUUCCCGGGCCAAGCGAUUCUCCUCUCGAGUGUGGUUGAGAUGUUGACCCUGCCAAUGGCGGAAUUAGAACACAGGGGCAACUUCCUCGCCACUAUGUUCAUCGUUCUCGCUGCUGGCUGUCUCAUAUCGUACUUCAUUCUCGGCUACGCAACCAAUACCGUCGCCCAGCAUCUAGGCCACAAGCUCCGGAAACAAUGCCUCCACGACAUCCUCCAACAAGAUAUUGAAUUCUUCGAUCGCGACGAAAACAGUACCGGUGCACUUGUUGCGAGAGUGGAUUCAAACCCACAGGCCAUCCUCGAGCUGAUGGGGUAUAACAUCGGUCUUGUCUUGAUUGCCGCCUUAAAUGUUCUCGCAUGUGCGGUGUUGGCACUCGUUUACUCUUGGAAACUUGGUCUGGUCGUUACAUGUGCGGGUCUUACUCCGUUGGUUGGCUCAGGGUAUCUGAAGAUCAGGCUGGAUGCGAAGCUUGAUCGGCAUACUUCCAAGCGCUAUUCAGUUAGCGCGUCUAUUGCGUCGGAGGCGGUUACUUCCAUUCGCACGAUUUCGUCGCUUACGAUAGAGCAUUCUGUAUUGGAAAGAUACACGAGAGAACUGGAUACAGCGAUGGCUGACUUGAAGCGCCCGUUGUUUGCGGUAAUGGCGAGCUUUGCCUUUACACAAUCUGCCGAGUAUUGGUUCCUGGCUCUUGGCUUCUGGUAUGGAUGUCGGCUGUUGUCGUUUGGUGAAGUUAGCCUUUACGCAUUCUUUGUCGCCUUUUUGGGGGUGUUCUUCUCCGGGCAGAGCGCGUCACAGCUAUUCCAGUUUUCUACGAGCAUCACCAAGGGUGUCAACGCCGCAAACUAUCUCUUCUGGCUGAAUGAUCUUCAGAAAACAGUGCGGGAGAGAGAUGGAAGCCGCGAACAGGGCCCGGGUAUAGUGCUUGCCCUUGAUCUGGAUAAGGUCAAGUUCUCCUAUCCUCGUCGACCCGAAAUUCCUGUUCUUAAAGGCCUUGAUCUCAGCGUCACAAAAGGCCAAUUUAUAGCUCUCGUUGGCUCCUCGGGGUGUGGUAAAUCAACAGUCAUAGCCCUUUUGGAAAGAUUCUACGAUCCAUCCGCCGGCUCGAUCAAACUCAACUCCUCACCUCUACCAAGCUUCAGUCCACGCCUCUAUCGCAAGGUUGUCUCGCUCGUACAACAGCAACCAGACCUCUUCCCAGUCUCCAUAUACGAAAACGUCGCAUUGGGUCUCGGAUGCGAUGCCCGGGCUGAUCUGGAGGCGACAGACAGUCAAAUUGAGUCUGCCCUUCGCGCCGCCAAUGCAUGGGACUUUGUGUCGUCUCUUCCCGAUGGGUUGGCUACGCUAGUUGGGUUUGGCGGAUCACAGCUUUCCGGGGGUCAGAGGCAGCGUAUUGCAAUUGCAAGAGCGUUGAUCCGCGAUCCAAAGAUUCUUCUUCUAGAUGAGGCUACGAGUGCACUUGAUACUGAGAGUGAGCGGGUUGUGCAUGCGGGGCUUGCUGCAGCGACGGAUGGAGAUCGGAUUACGGUUGCUGUUGCGCACCGCUUGAGUACGAUCAAGGAUGCGGAUGUGAUCUGUGUGUUUCACCAAGGUCAGAUCAUGGAGAUGGGAUCACAUUCUGAUUUGAUUGGCACGGGUGGGAUGUAUAGUAAGAUGUGUGAGGCUCAAGCUUUGGACUAG